AUGGUACAAGAACAACAUAUUCUUUUAUCUAGUUAUGCUAGACCACUCUGGCAACUAUUGCUAAGGCUAUCGUCAGGCCUGAGAUUACUGGAAAUUUUUGAGCUGAAAGAAGGAACAGUGCGGCUGGUGCAAAAUAUAUGUCAGUAUAUGGGUAAGCCUCAUAAAGAUCCGCAUAAGCACUUGAUGCAAUUUGUGGAUUUGAGCGAGAACUUUCAAUAUAGAGAUGUCCCCGACAACUAUGUGAAACUGUCCUUGUUUCCAUUAUCAUUGAUUGGUGAAGUGAGGGAUUGGUUGACAAAUCUUCCUGCUAGUUUUAUCACUUCUUGGGAGCUAUUAUCGAAUAAAUUCAUCGACAUAUUUUUCUCACCCAAGAAAACAAAGGAGCUGAGAGGAAACAUUGUGAACUUCACUCAAAGAGACUCUGAAUAUCUAUCGCACGCAUGGGAAAGGUAUAAGGCUAUUCGGGGUGAUGUUGGGACACUUUGUAAUCUUCUUACGAGGGUGCUUCCUCAAUGUCAGCAGAUCCAACCAGUUAAACAUAUUCUGCAAACAACAUGCGAGAGUUGUGGUGAGGCUCAUGCUUAUAUUAAUUGUCCUCAGAAUCCAGAAUCAGUCAAUUAUGUAGGGCCACAUAAUCGUAGUGGUGGAAAUCAGGGAAAUUAUUUCGGAAACAAUUAUAAUCAGCAAUAUGGGAAGCAGGACUUCCACAAGCAGAAAAAUUAUCAGAAGCCCCAAGCCCAGAUAGCUAGAAGUUCGGUGGAAGACAUGAUGAAGUAG